UAUACAAACAUCCAUGGAGAAUCCUUUUCCCGCGUAGUUGUAGCUCUCUAGAAUGCGGUGGAGACUUCAUUUGAAGUCUUACAAACAGAGAUUCAAAUUAUUUUUCCUCAUUUUGUGCCUUACAGUUUUUCACAAUGAAUAUUUCGUCUAUUGGUAUGACUCUAUGAAAUGGCCCUCUGUCAGCUGCCUUCAGUUGGAAAACCAACAGUGCCAAAGAAUAUUGAUAGUUUCUGAUCCACAGAUAUUGGGGUUACAUGGAGUAUUUGGUUGGAUAGCAUAUACCGACAGUGAUAGGUAUUUGCAAAUGUCGUUCUACUAUGCCUUACGAUACAUCAAACCAGAUGUCAUAAUAUUCCUAGGUGACUUGAUGAAUGAAGGGAGCACCAGUACAAAUGAUGAAUAUGAGGCUUACAAGGCAAGAUUUUCAAAAAUUUUUGAUACUUCACAAUUUCAAUCAAAGGUUAUCUUUUUACCUGGAGACAAUGAUAUUGGAGGUGAAGGAUCAGAUCAUGUCACUCAAAACAAAAUGGAACGAUUCAAUUCCAAUUUUCCUAGUCAGACUGAAAGUAUCUCUGGGAGCACCCAGUUUGUUGUGGUCAACAGGAUAAUUGGUGAUUUUAGUCUACCUACAGUUUCAACUAUUAAAGACAAGUACAGAAUUGUUUUGAGCCACAUUCCUUUAACAUUCAUUCCUGGCAUCUUCUCCCGUGAGGUCAUGACCAAAUUGAAACCCAACGCGAUAUUUUCUGCCCACGACCAUCGAAUAGCUAUGGCUACUACGAGAAAAAACGAUAGCCAUUACUUUCAAGUUGAUAACUUUACCGAAGAUUCAAUUGUAAUUAAAAAACAAAUGAACGAUGAGGACUGCACGGAAGUUAUUUUUCCAACUUGCUCAUACAGAAUGGGUGUAGAGAAAUCGGGUUAUGGAUUCGCCACUAUCGGGAACGAUGGAUUGAUGGAAAUUGGAGCCUUAUGGAUCCAUUCUCGGUUCUGGACCUUGCAUAUCUAUUUGAUAGUUAUCGCAUGCUGCCUUGGCAUCUGCGUUUGCUUGAAAUACCUGAAACAUUUCUCUUUUAAAAUGAGCAAACAACCGUUCAUAUCUUGUUGAUGUCAUAAAAAUAUUUU